UUGAGAUCGACCCACUGACACACAUGUGCCAACUGGUGAGUUUCAAAUUCACCGCCCUAGCUUGCUUUGGACAAGACGCUGUUGAUAAUCAGACCAACGAGAAGGAGGUCUAUCUGAAAGGGCAACACGUUGUUAGCCUUCAGCCAGUUAUAGAACUAUACAUGGCCAAUCUGCGGUAUGGCACAAUGGAACCCAUUUCUGGGAACCCACAAUCCCUUGCUUCACUAAGCUUUCCCUUUGACUUUCCAUUUACCAACUCGGAUAUGAAGAUGGAGUAUCGCAAUGGCUUCUUGGCUUGUCAAGGAGGCCAAUGGUGUUACCAUUGGGAUUUCAGCUCCCCCGGAUACGUGUUUUAUACAAAUUUAGAAACCGUCCUCUACCAUGGACUGGGCUUGCUUGGCGAAAGACUCGUAUUGGUCGAAUCCCGAGGUGUGAAUUUUCCCAUUCAGGUGUUUGACCCUUCCAAGCGGGCCUGGUUCAAUGGACCACCCAUGAACGUUAUCCGAACUUCGGUGACCUUGGUCACACUCAACUCUACGACCAUCAUGGCCGUUGGAGGCCGUCGCGGAGGGGACGGAUCAAUUCUGGGUUUUCCCUGUCAUGUCAGAAACAAUGUCGAACGAAAGUGGCUACACACGAUUUCUGUCCUGUACUCUGACUACUCCUAUAAUCUUGCUUUGAUGGUUGAAAAUAGCUUGAAAGUUUAAUUUAACUCCAUUGGGGGCUCACCAAGUACUCACCAAGGACCUAUGGGGAAUCUUAUUCUUAGUUUAUUUUCUGGGACAACCGUGACCAAAUCUUUGUGUUGUUGAAAUCUGGUACUCUAUUUCUGGAAAAUUGUUUUUUUUUCAUUUAAAAAAGCAAGCAUUGACUGAAAUGGCAGGUAUGAUUUUUCAAGAUUGCAAUGGUUGUUAUUUCAUGAUUAGCAAUUUAGGAGGAACAUUCGGUGGGUCUAGAAACAGAAAUAUUUUGAUUCGCCUCCCCUAUUCCCGGAAACAUAUAGACGUUAGCCGAACCAUAGAUGGCGAACCAAUCUGAUACUAACUACAAUACUGCCAAUCAGAAUGAUGCACGGAAAAUACCAGGCCAGUCUCACCCCAGCACACCGAAUGAAGCAAUAUUGGCAAUGAUUUCAAAUUAUUUCAGCUUCAGUUCACGCAGCACUUUAAAAAUGAAAUGGAAAGGAGCUUUGACUGAAUAGGAAAUGACCAAAAAAGAGAUCUCCUUUGAGGUCGGAUGGCUUUUACCUGGACGCAAUAGUUAAAAAGCCCUAUCAAGUUUUCAGAGAAACACCCAAAUCCAUUCUGGCAUUUUUCUUAUUCAAAAAUCCGUAUGGAAUAAUUUUAGUUUCAUUGCUUCAUUGAAUUCUGGCCCACAUAAAAAACUGACAUGCUGAAAAAACGUUGCAAAAACUGGAAUUUUCAAAAACGUAGUUAAUUAAAUUUGGAAGCAAACGUAGCUAGCACUUGGUCGGAAAUUGUGACACCAUCAAGUUAACCGCUAUUUACUUACUGGGAUGCAAUGGUUGAAUUUUCAUCGUUUUAGCUUCUAAAAUGACCUGGUUAUAUGUUAAUAUAGAUUCCCCCCAAAAAUUACACCGACUCUCUCAAUCACAGAAGUAAAAGAUGUUUUUCUUCUUCUUGCAGAAUCUCAAAAUAGCUAGGGAUUUAAGUUCAGAAAUAACCGGAGCAUUUUGAAGCUUAAAACGAUGACAACUCGGCUAUUUGAUCCGAUAUAACAAAGAAAUGGUUAGAUUGACCCGAUCAUAAUUUCCAAAUAAAUGAAGAACGAAGUGAAUUCCCAAUUUUCAUUAAUCAAGGUUUGGAUCAUUUUAGCACUAAUUUUUUUAAGCAUGUAAGUUUCUUAUGAGGGCUAAAAUUCGAUUAAGCAAUAAUACCCAAGCUGUUUGUUAUGAUUUCAAGAUGUGUUUGGAUAUUUCCGUCAAAACUUAAGAGAACAUUUUAACCACUGUGUGGAAUUAUUGCUCAAGAAGUCAAACCUCAAUUCGAAGAUGACAAUCCAAAACCCUGAGUAGUGCAAUAUUAUUAAGUCCCUUGCUCACAUCCAUUUUGGUUGAUCCGUUCCCUCGUUCCGAGCAGGGAAAUCGUCGUUCAAGCGGUCGAGCUCCUCUCUGUUGGGAGCUCCUCUUGGUCCAAGGUGGCGAAUUAUCCCAUCAACCUUUUGUUCCCCGCUUGCAUUCGAUUGACUCCCAAUAACACGCACGUGUUAUGCGUAGGGGGGUUCAGACUAGCCACUGUGGAUGGGCCUAUUGGAUUGGCCUUCGUUUUCAAUAUUGACCAUCAAAGUUGGCUUCGAGCCCCGGAAUUCGAUCUCCCAGUGGAAAGAGGUGGCGGUCAUUUGGCACAAUGGAAGAACAAACUGUAUUACAAACCCAAUGGCCAUGCCCAGCAUUAUGUGAAAGACUUGGAAAGGAUGGAUCUGCCUUGGAUCGAGUAUGACUUCAACCUUAGAAGAGAUGACCGAGAAUUGCUUUUCACCCUCGUCAGGACGUUCCAACUCAAACCAUGAGCUCUCUUGAUGGUUGCUUCGUUAGUUGGGAUAUAAUACUAGGCACUGUACCUUUGUUGGGCAGAUUUUUGGCUCUAAUGGCAUUCGAAACAUUGUAUUUUGAUGGUGUAAAAAGCAUUUAAAAGCGUCGCUAAAUCGUUGAAAGUAAAAUCCCACCUCCAAAACUUUUCGAUUUUGUUUUCAAUCCAAAAUGUUUGUUACUUCAAAGAUCGAAUAAAAAGCCACAAAAG